CCGCGCCCCGCGCGCGCGCCCCGACACCGACCCGAACGAAAGCGCCGACGCAUCGCGCGCGUCUCGAUGCGUCGCGAGUCCCGCUGAGCGCAUGCGCGACGCCGAUUCGCCGCGCGCGCGCGACAGCGCGAACGUCACGACGUCGGAAACGACGCCCGCGCGCGCGCCCAAGCGCGCGCAUCCCACCGCGGGAUGGCUCGAGCUCGAACGCGCGCUGCGCGUCGUCUACGGCGGCGUCGUGCGCGAGCUCGCGCCGCUGGGCGUGGUCGGGAUGGCGACGUUUGACCCGAUGGCUGGGUUCGUGCUGUGGAGCGAGCAGCGCGAGGCGGAACGCGAUCGAACGAGGACGAUGCGAGAGCUGUACCCGAAUGAGACGAUGAAACCCGAAAGCCCGGGUGAAAUUGAACUCGCGUCGCUGCGAGUGGCGGUGAAAUACGCGAUCGGGGCGUAUGGGACGGCGUCGAGCGUGCUGAGCGACGCGUCGUUUCGGGACAAAUUGAAGAGUUUAAAGGCUGCGGGCGGCGGCGGUGAAACGCGCGGAAUGGGGGAUUACGAAGCGAUGCACGCGAAAGCGACGGAGGCAUGCGCGAGGAGCUGCGAGAUCGAGACGAAAGAUGUGGUGGAUGCGGAGUGGAGUGGGACGGAAUUUUCGCCGAGCUCGUUCGUCGCCGUCGAUCGCGCCGCGGGCAAGGUGGUGCUUUCUGUGCGCGGGACGUGGGAGUUUCACGACGCGUUAACGGACGUGAGCAGCGAAAGUGUGAAGUUCUUGAACGGCUGGGCGCACUCUGGGAUGGUGGCAUCGGCGUGGCAAGUGUUAAAGCGCAUGCUUCCCGCCGUGGCGCGUUCGAUGCGCAAGCUUUCGGGAUACGAGUUUCUCGUCACCGGUCACAGUAUGGGCGGCGGUGUAGCCGCGUGCGUCGCGAUGCUCAUGCAUAGUACGGAUAAAGAUAUCGAGUCGCUCGCGCUAGAGGGAUUGAGCGAUGUCGUCGAGGAGGAGAGAAGAGAAAUAUUGCGACGACUGGCGUCGUGCACGUGCGUGUGUAUCGCGGCGCCGAGCGUGAGCAGCAUGGACUUGAGCGAGGCGGCGAGCGAUUACAUCACGUGCGUCGUCGCCGGCGCUGAUGUUAUACCGCGAUUAUGUCACGCUUCCGUUCGCCGACUAUUACGUCGGUUGAACCACGCCGCACCGUCGCACGCGAUGUUGCGCGCCGUAUCCUCGGUGCUCGGCGGCAGGGACAGGCCGGCGUUGGAGCGAGAAGUGAGCGCGACCGAGGAAGAAAUCACCGAGGUAGCGCAAGAUUUAGACAACGUUAGCAAAGAUAGUGAGUUAGCAAGUGGCGCUGGAGCGCGCGACGUCUCGAAAGCUGCGUCGGUGUCGCCUCCUAAGAAGCGCGGGGACAGUCGGCGCAAAUGCCAAGGCGCUUGGGGCGAGGUAGAGGGCGUCGUCGGCCUCGAACUUCGUGAUCACGCGGCGAGCGAUUUCAUGGUUCAACCGGGACGAGUUAUCCACCUCAAGCACGUGCGUUCAGACGCACCGACUGCGGAGUAUAAACACCCCACGGCGUUCACAGACGUCGUCCUCGACCCGUACAUGAUGCUCGACCACAUUCCGGGAACGUACCAAGCCGCGGUGAAGGCGAUUCACGAUCGUGUCAAAGCCGGUGGACAAUCCUGGGUCGAGCACGAUGCUUCCAAUCGCGAUUCCGACGACGAAGACGAGGAAGACGCCGUGAGCGCGUUUCUUCACGCCCAAGACGUCCGCUCCGGCGCGCGCCGAGGAUGGCGCUCCGUUCGCAACUUCCUCGGCAUCGACGGCGACGAAGACGACGACGCGUUCAAGCGCGACGCCCACGACGCCGGCGCCACCGCCCCCGGUCCACGACCAUCCCAUCACGUUCCCGACAUCGGCACCGAUACCGACGACGACGACUCCAUCCCCGACUUUUACGGCGAAGACGCUCGCGCUCGCCGCACGCACCAUCCUCGCCGCGCGUCCGCGCCCGCCGACGACGCCGCGCCCAUCGCUCCCAUCGCGGACGCCGUCGACGCCAAUCCUUUCACGCGCGCUUGGGACUGGCUCAAGCGUCAGGCCGCCGACGACGACGCGUAG